AAUAAUAGGACAUGAACGGAAGAGCCGCUCUCACUGGGUUUUCAAAUGUCGGAGCCAAUCAUCCUCUCCGACGAAGAAGACCACAUUCCGCCCUCAAUCCUCGUCCACUCCGUCAAGAAACGCCGAACCGGACCCGGCCCAAACCCAAACCCUACUGUUCUAAUCCUCGACGACGAUGACCUCACCCCACACCAGUCCACCGCCUCCACCUCCACGCCCUACUUUGAAUCGCCGAGCUCCGACAUCGAAGUUGUGAAAUGCACCAGAGCCCCGUCCGGAGACCUAACUAGGGUUCAUGGUUCAGGCCACAAGUCCUCUGGAAUUGAUGGGUUGAUAUGUUUGGAAUCUGAUGACGAUGACUCUGAAAGCGGUUCUGGAGGGAAAAAGGAGAAGGAGAAUGAAUCCAUCACUAGCAGUUUCGGCAUGGUGGAGGACUUGGAUUUGAGUUAUAGAGAUGUUACCAUGACAUGUUCUCUUGGACAUGCUGAUGUAGCAGAUAUUACGGAAGAGGAAACAAAAGAAGCAAAGAGAAGAAAAAAGAUGACAAAAGAUGAAAGGGCACAACUAAUGGAAGAAAAGAAGCUGAAGAAGCUACAAGAGAAGAUGCAAAGAGAAGCUUUGAAAGCUGAAGCAGCAGAUAUGAAAAGGAUACAGAAAGAAAAGCAAAGGUGGGAGAAAGGGAAAUUUGCCUUAAAAUCGAUUGUGGCUGAGAUUGAUUGUAAAGUUGUGGAACUGGGGUCAUUAGGAGGAAAUUUGCUUACAAGGUUUGCUGAAAGAGGGCUAUCAUACCGUAUAAAAGCAAAUCCAAUUGAAAGAUCAAUUGUCUGGACCAUGACAGUUCCAGAACACUUUUCACAGCUUUUUCCUGAAGGAAUAGAGAUCCAUUAUAUAUUGCUUGUGUAUGAGGCAGAAGAAUUUUGUAACCUUGUCAUCAAGGAUUCUCUUCUGGAACAUAUUGCCAGGGUUCGAAGUAUUUAUCCGUCUUAUACAGUUUGUUAUCUCAUGAAUAGGUCUAUGGCGAUGUAUAUUAAUAAUAGGGAACAAGAAGCGUACAAGAACCAAACAAAUAUUGGACGGACAUACCCAACUGCCAAGGAGGUUGAACUGGAGUUUGCAAAGUUUACCACCAAUUUUUUCAAAGUACAUUCCAGGCAGUGCAGAGAUGAGGUUGAACUUGCUGAACAUGUUGUUGGUUUGACAUGCAGCCUGUCAACCUGCAAAUUUAGAAAGAAGUUAACUAGACUGGAUGUAAAUGCUAAUGGAGCCCUUAUCACGAAGGACCGCAUUGACCGCGAUUUAUUAAAGAACAACUUAUGGUUAAGAGCUUUGGUAGCUAUUCCGAAGGUACAACCGCGAUUUGCAAAGGCUAUAUGGAAGAAGUACCCUACCAUGAAAUCUCUUUUGAGUGUUUACAUGGACCCGAUAAUAUCAGUUCAUGAAAAGGAAUUUCUGCUCAAGGAUUUGACAACAGAAGGCUUACUAGGUGGUGACAGAAAAGUAGGUGAGGUUUGUUCUAAGAGAGUUUAUAGGGUUCUUAUGGCACAACAUGGAUGCGUCACAACUGAUGAUAUUGAGGAUGGUGCUAAUUUCUUCGGGAGCUGAUCGAUUUAGCUCCCCCAAUGUGUAGUACUUUUCCUUGUAUGGACAAACUUAGGUUUGUAUAUGCUGGUGAUCUAAAAUUUAUUCUGCAAUAGAGCCAUGAUUUGUUUUUGGUAAAUGUUAUUUUUGGGGCUUAACUUUAG